UCUAUCGUCAGUGCACGAUUUAACUCUACACCUUAAUCACCGUUGUGAAUAAACCCGGCGCAGACACGUGCCGCCCCGUACACGUCCGCAGUCAAUGCACCGCUGGCAACCGCUCACUGCCAGCUUGUGGCGAGAAUUGUUUUAAAGUUGAACAAACGCUUUGAUUGCUGUGAGAAGAAUCCGCGAGCCAUUUUCUCCUCAUCCAGAUUCUCCUCAUCACGACACCCCAGCGUAUCCUCGUUACGGGGCGAAUUUUCAUCCUGAAUGUUUGCUCUUCCUCGGGCAGUGGUUGGCCGCCAGCGCCGAGCAGAAUGUGACGGACAGUAUCCGUCCGAGUUCGUGGGUGCUGCUGCAGUGGCAGCAACACACGUUCUGACUGUGUAGUGUGUAUCGUUCGUAUCUGUAAUCGUUAUUGCAUGCCCAUGUUUCGACGGCCAGAGUCCCGCGGUGGACGCUCUUCCCCGUAUCUCCCCUUGAUCAUCCCCUGCCUGGAUAUUUAUUCCAAGUGAAUUUGAUGUUUUUUCGUGUUUCCGUGGGGAACGCGCAAAGAAAUCGUCAGUUUUGUCAGCUGCGUGUGGAGCCCUGUUAUCCGUCUGUGGAGACGGCGUCUUCCUCCUCCGCACUCCCCUCCGCCGCUCCGCAAUCCCGUGGAAACGGGAGAUUUUCGUUGAUCCGUGAAGAAUUGUCAGUGGUGUACGGCCGUUGGUCGGAUCCGUGUGUCCGUUGUGAUCGGCGUGGAUUUCCGUGUCGUCCCAUGUUGGCCAUUGCUCCGCGUUGAUCUUGAUGUUGUUUUCCGUUGAGAUUAUUUAUUUUCCCCGGACAGAGUGUCUAUCGGCGUGGAAAUGAACGAUCAUAAUGUCGGUGAUGGUCCCGUGGCCAAAAAAGCGCGUAUCAAUGCACAGGAUUCUUCAGAAUCCGACGUGUACAACAACCAGUUCCAGAGCCUGAUGGCUCUGGAGGGUCUCCUCCACCAGGAGCUGAACAGCUCCGGCUCCUCCAACGCCCGGCCCACCUCCCAGCCGGCGGAGGGCCUACCCCCCAAACCCCCCGAGACGCUGACGCUCAACGGCCUCCUGGACGCGCCCCCCUACGACCCCCACCCCCCCAGCAACCAGUCCAGCGAUGGCCCGCUGCAGCCGGCCCCCUCACCGCAGCGCCAGCACCCGCACCAGCAGCUCAGCCAGCUCCUGGCCAAGACCCCGCAUUCCCAGCCCAUGCCCACCGGGAUGGCGCCCAAUGAUCCCGCGGCGCGCCAGAGCCCCAUCAACCACCAACAAGCGCCGCCGCCGCAGCAACAACAACCAAUGCGCCAGUCCCCGCACCUUCCCACCCAGCGCACCAACACCCCCGGGGGCGGGAUGCACGGCGGCAAUCUGGGCCUGACCACCAACGGCUUCCAGGGAUUCCCGGGCGGUCCUGGAGGCCCGCCGCCGCAGCAGGCUCAACCGCAGUACAUGAACGGUCCCAUGCCGCAGCCGAAUAUGCCGUAUCCGGUGCAGCAGAACGGCCCGCAGUCCGUCAACCAGAUGCGGCCGGGGAUGCCGCAGCGUCCGGGCAUGCCGCCGCAGGGACUCCGGCCCGCCACGAUGGGCCCGCGACCCGGCAUGGUCAAGAUGAACCCGGGUCCGGGGAUGAUGGGCGGCGGUCAGAUGCCGCCCAACGGUCGUCCCAUGAUACAGAACUUCCAGCCACCCGUCUCCCAGAUAAACAUGAACCCCAUGUCGCCCAUGAACGUCAAUGUGCAGAACGCGGUGAACUUGCAGCCACCGCCGCCGCAGGGACCCGGGGUGGGUACCCCUCAAGGUCCCGGAGGAGGUCCCAACGUGGCGGUGGCUAACCAGCUGAGUCCGCCCAGUGUCGAUCAUCCCGAGAAGCGCAAGAUCAUCCAGCAGCAGUUGGUGCUGCUGCUGCACGCGCACAAGUGCCAGCGGCGGGAGAUGCAGACGGGCGGGGAACCCGCGCAACAACCCAAGCAGGAGUGCAAGCUGCCGCACUGUCGCACCAUGAAGAACGUCCUCACGCACAUGACGCAGUGUGUCGCCGGCAAACAGUGUCCUAUUCCGCAUUGUGCCUCAUCCAGACAGAUUAUCCAGCACUGGAAGACCUGCACCCGCGGCGACUGCCCGGUGUGUCUGCCUCUGAAACAGGCCUCUGAUCGCAACAAACCUGCUGGCAGCUUCGAUUUUCAAGUGCCGAAUCAAGGCAACGUGGCCGCCCCGGUGUCCAAUGCCCUGCAGAUGGGCGCGGCCGGAGGCGGGAAACCGCUUCCCGGCGGUCCCGGCGCCCGCAACAUGAUGGUCAAUCCGCAGGUGGUGCCGCAGACCGGCGCACAACAAGCCAGAAUGAUGGGCGACGCGGACGGCUUAGGCGUGGGGCAAGGCCUCUCCAUGCCCGGGAACCAGAUGUACGGCGGCGGCGCCCAGGUGGCGACGCCCUUGUCGAACCUGUCCAACUCCAACCAGGACGGCGGCGUGAUGAGUCCGCCGCCGCCGCAGGGCUCCCUGCCCGGGACGUCGGUGGUGUCGCCGGCCAACACGUUGAUCAGUCUCAUGUCGCCGCCCUCCGCCAACUCCCCGCUGGCCAACAAUCCGCAGUUCGGGCCGCAGCAGGUGGCCGUCAAGGAGUGGCAUCUGCAGGUGGUCGGCGCCGACGGCCGCUCCAGCACCGACUCCCUGCGCAACCAUCUCAUCCACAAACUAUAUAUGCAUUUAGACACGAUUGUACAAGCCAUCUUCCCGUACAAGGACCAGUCAGCCGUGCAGGACAAACGCAUGACCAACCUCAUCUCCUACGCGCGCAAAGUGGAGGCCGAGAUGUACGAGCAGGCCAACACCCGCGAAGAGUACUACCAGCUGCUGGCCGAGAAGAUCUACAAAAUCCAGAAGGAGCUAGAGGAGAAGCGCCGCAAUCGCCAGGAACUGCGCCGCGUCCUCCCCGGCCAGCCGCCCCUCCACAACGGCGUCCCCUUCCCCGGGAACGGCGGUCCGCUGCGGAUGCGGCCCCCGGGGGCGGACGGCAUGGGCGGCGGGGUGAUGAGUCCCCUGAUGGGCGGGAUGGGCGACGCCGGGCUCCUGCGGCAGCGCAUGCAGGGCCCCGGCUACCAGAACAUGCCCAUGGGCCAGUUCCCCGGGAUGCAGCAGCCGCCCUACCAAGAGAUGAAGUUGGAGAACGAGUACCAGCCCGGGAUGAUGGAGCAGCACGAGAUGGGUCCACCGGAGUACCAGGACGGCGGGUAUCCGCCCCAGGAACCUCCGGAGCAGCACAUCAAAACGGAGCCGCUGUCUGGAGAGGAUGCCGGGGAGAAUGCCGCUCCCGCGGUGCAGCAGCAGGGCGGGUCGCCGGCGGUCCAGCCCAACAGUGUGCACUCGUCCAUCCCGGAGAAUGAGACGGUGAAACAGGAGGAGAACGCCGAGGGCGGCGGGGGCAGCAGUCAGGGGUCCACGGCGUCCCUGAGCUCCAUCGGGUCGACGGCGUCCCCCAGUCGCGAACCCACCGGACCGCGCGGACCGGUCGGGAAGAAGGUGCAUCCCAAGGAGGAGCUCCUGACGGCGCUGUCGCCCAUUGUCACACGGCUGUACAAUAUGGAGGAGGGCAUGGCCUUCCGGGUGCCGGUUAAUCCGCAAGAACUGAAUAUUCCGGAUUAUUUUGACAUUAUCAAGAACCCCAUGGAUCUGUCGACGAUGCAGAAGAAGCUGGAGGCGGGUGACUAUGAAGACCCGUGGCAGUUUAUCGACGAUAUGUAUCUCAUGUUUAAUAACGCGUGGAUCUACAAUCGCAAGGGCACCAGAGUGUACAAGCACUGCAGCAAGUUGGCGGAAGUGUUCGAAGUGGAGAUUGACCCGGUGAUGCAGACGCUGGGCUACUGCUGCGGCCAUCGGUACGUCUUCCAGCCGCAGGUGCUGUGCUGCUACGGGAAGCAGCUGUGCACCAUUCCGCGCGACACCUGCUACAUGAGCUACCAGGACCGCUACACCUACUGCCAGCGCUGCUUCGCCGACAUGCCCGGCGAGACGGUGACGCUGGGCGACGACCCCUCCCAGCCCAACACCGUCAUCCGCAAGGAGUGCUUCGCCGAGAAGAAGAACGACACCGUCGACUAUGAACCAUAUAUUGUCUGUAAAGCGUGCGGACGGAAAAAUCACCAGAUCUGUGCGCUGCAUCUCGAUCCCAUUUGGCCGGAAGGUUAUACUUGUGAAGGAUGUCUCAAAGCCCUGGGAAAGAAGAGGCGCGACAAUCGCUUCUCCGCCAAAAAGCUGCCGCAGACCAAACUGGGCCAGUACAUCGAAGCGCACAUCAACAGCUAUCUGCAGACCAAGAACAUCACGGACGCCGGCGAAGUGACCAUCCGGGUGCUGUCCAGCAGCGACAAGGUGGUGGAGGUGAAACCCGGCAUGAAGCACAAGUUCGCCGACACCAACGAGUUCGCCGAGAGCUUCCCCUACAAGACCAAGGCCAUCUUCGCCUUCGAGGAGAUCGACGGGACGGAUGUGUGCUUCUUCGGCAUGCACGUGCAGGAGUACGGCUCCGACUGUCCCGCGCCCAACGCCCGCCGCAUCUACAUCGCCUACCUGGACUCGGUGCACUUCUUCCGGCCCAAACACGUGCGCACCGCGGUGUACCAUGAGAUCCUCCUCAGCUACAUUAACUACUGCAAAAAUCUCGGGUACUCGAUGGCGCACAUCUGGGCGUGCCCGCCCAGCGAAGGCGACGACUACGUGUUCCACUGUCAUCCGCCCGAGCAGAAGAUCCCCAAGCCCAAACGCCUGCAGGAAUGGUACAAGAAGAUGCUGGACAAGGGCAUGAACGACAAGAUCAUCCUGGAGUACAAGGACAUCUACCGGCAUUCGGUGGAGGACGCCGUGGGCAGCGCCACGGAGCUGCCGUACUUCGAGGGCGACUUCUGGCCCAACGUGCUGGAGGAGUGCAUCAAGGAGGUGGAGCAGUUGGAGCUGAAGGAGAAGGAGGAGCGGCAGAGUGUGGAGGACAGUGAGGACAGCGAUGAUACCAGUAGUGAGCCGGGGAAAGGGAAGAAGCGGACGAAGAAGAGCCAGAGCCAUAAGAAGCAGCGCAGUAGUAAGCAGAAUUCCCGCAAGAGCACCAAGAAGGUGUUGGCGGGGAUUGGGAUCAACAGCAGUACGCUGACGCAGAAGAUCUUCCAGACCAUGGAUAAGCACAAAGAUGUGUUUUUUGUGAUUCGUUUGCAUCCGGUGAACCGGCUGGCCCAGCUGCCGCAGGUGGUGGAUCCCGAUCCGCUGAUCAGCUGUGAGCUGAUGGACGGCCGCGACGCCUUCCUGACCAUCGCGCGCGACAAACACUACGAGUUCUCCUCGCUGCGCCGUGCCAAAUUCUCUUCCAUGGCCAUGCUCUUCGAGCUGCACAACCAGGGCCAGGACCGCUUCGUCUACACCUGCAACUCCUGCAAGAACCACGUCGAGACGCGCUGGCACUGCUCCGUCUGCGAUGACUACGACCUGUGCGUGCAGUGUUACGAGAAAGACGGCCACCCGCACAAAAUGGACCGUCUGGGCUUCGGGCUGGACGACGACGCCUCCUCCAAAGACGCCAAACAGACCAACAACCCGCAGGAAGCCCGUCUGCUCUCCAUCCAGCGCUGCAUCCAAUCCCUGAUGCACGCCAGCCAGUGCCGCGACGCCAACUGCCGGCUGUCCAGCUGUCAGAAGAUGAAGCGCGUCCUCUCGCACACCAAGACCUGCAAGCGCAAAUCCAACGGCCAAUGCCCCAUCUGCAAGCAGCUGAUCGCGCUGUGCUGCUACCACGCCAAGCAGUGCAACGAGAGCAAGUGUCUCGUGCCCUUCUGCCCGCAGAUCCGCGCCAAAUGGAAACUGCAGCGCCAGCAGCAGGAUAUUCAGCGGCAGCAGUUUAAUCGGCGCCGCGCGGCCAUCAUGCAGCGCAUCAUGCCGGGGACCAUCGGGGCGACGCAGGGCGUGGCCAAUGUCGUCAGUGUGCCCAGUCCGCAGCCGACGGUCAGUCUGGGGAAGGGUGGGCAGGGCCCGCCGAUGGGGGGAGCGAGUAAUGCGCUGCAGGAGACGCUGAAGAAUGUACAAGCCCACGCUCAAUUCCAGGUGUCGCAAGGAAAAGCGUUGGGCGGGAAGCCCACCAUGGGCGGCAAACCGACGCGUCUGCCGCAGAUGAGCCCCAACUGGACCCAGCAGCGCAUGCCCGGUCCGCCGCCCAACGUCCAACUGCCCCCACAGGCCCCCGGGGGCGCCGUGCCCCCCGGCGGCGUGCCCCCGGGGCCGCGCAUGGCCGGCGGCGGGGCGCAGUCGACGACGGCGUACCAGCAGCUGGUGGAGGCGCUGCAGUGCCCGCCCAGUCAGGAGCAGCAGCAGCGGGUGCGCAGUCUCAUGCAGGGCAACCCCGAGCUCAUCACCGGCUUCCUCAAGAUGGCCCGCACGGAGAACCGCGGCGGCGAGGUGCGGCCCAACAUGGCCGGGCUGCUGCAGCAGCAGAUGCAGCAGCAGCAACAGCAAGCGCAGGGCGGCUACCGGCCGGUGAUGCCGCAGCAGAGCCAGAGUAUGCCCAAUAUGCAGCAACAACAACAGCAACCGCCCGGGAUGCAGCAGCGGAUGCAGAUGUAUGGACAGGGACAGCCGGGCCAGGGACAGUUCCCCGGGCAGAUGCAGCAGCAACAGCAGCCGCCGCAGCCCCGCAUGGCACAAACCUAUCAUCCCAACCAGAACGUGAAUUCUGGCAUGAACUUCAAUCCCUCCGCGGUGGGCGGCAUGGUGGCGCCGCAGGGCGGCCCGAUGAUGCGGCAGCGCUUCGGCCCGUCGGGCGCGGCCCCUGGCGGCCCCCCGGGCGGCGGGGGCGGGCAGCCGCCCUUCGGCAUGCAGUCCAUGGGCCCGCCGGCCACCUCCUACGCCAACGCCCUCCCCAGCGGCCUCCAACAACAACAACAGCUGCAGCAGCAAGCCCCGCUCUCCCAUCCCCCCGGCCCCGGUGAGUACGGGGGCGGCGGAGGGGGUGGACAGCGGGGCGGGCCCCCCGGCGGACCGAUGGCCGGCGUCAGUAUCCGAUCUCCCGCGGCCGCCGCCGCCGCCGCGGCCAACGCCCCCGUGCGAUCUCCCCAGGCCCCGUCGCCGCAGACGGCCGGCGGCCGGCCCCAAUCCACGCCCCGCCCCUUAUCGGCCUCCCCCUCGCCCCGCCCCCUGGCCGUCAACCUCCACCCGAGCGGCUACGAGAUGGCCGGCGGCGACCUCCUGUACCAGCAGAUGAACGGACAAGGCGGGGGCAGCGGUGGCGGGUUCCACGGGAAUCAGGGCGGCGGGAUGCCCCCCGGGGGCGGGGGCCCCGGGAAUCAACAUUUGGAGUUUUCCCACGCCGGACACCCCGGGCAUCAUCUGGGCGGGAUGCCGGGCGGCUACCACCACCACCCCACGAAUAUCUCCCCGCAGGAUCAGCUGAAUAAAUUCGUCGAGGGGCUCUGAUGAUGGGGCGCAGCGCGACGAGGAGAUGUUGAUUUUAUUGGAUGCCGUUUUCUCUCUUUUUUUUGUUUAUUUUUGUUGGGGUUUUGGCGCGACAGGGGGCCGCCGCCCGCCGGGGGCGGCGUGGUUUCUUUUUGUACUGGAGCAUUUAUUCGUGGAGGGGGCGGCAGGUGGUGAGGCGAGCGUGGUGUGUGGGGGGGGAGCGGCAAAGUUUGUAUUAUACGGUUUCUGUUUGUCUCUCUCUUUCUGCGUGUCUCUCUCUGGACUGUGUCUCUAUUUUGGCUCUUUCGCUCGUAAAAUUGUACGUAGUUAUAUUAUUUAAAAAAAUGCGUUAAUUUGGAAUUUCCCUGUUUACCGAAUGCUGCGCUUGGAGAUUUGCUUUUAGCCUGCACGCGUCUGUUGAUGAAAAUUAAUGCGACACGUUUAACGAUUUGGCGGGAGAUUCACGCUGUGCUCGAUGUGUUGGGGGGACGGAAGAGUUUUUGGUUUUGCUGCUCUGGUUGUUUUUUUUUUACGGUUUUAUUAUUGAUUUUGAUUUGAAUGGUCUAUUAUUGUACAUUAUAAAGUUCACCGAAAAUUU